GGCCCUGUCACAAUGAAUACACAAGUGAAGUUUGAAAGCCUUGUCACCACUGUUCAGAAGUUAUGACUAAGGUUAAAGUGCGAUUUUGUUUUUUAUAAAAGUUGGUCAAAUUCCAAGGUCAAGAGUUUAAAUUUGGUGGUACCCAAAGAAAGGUUUUUUCACAAGGAAUAUACUUGUGAAAUAUGAAAGCCAUAGCCCCACCCACUCAAAGGUUAUGAGCAAGGUAAAGUUUUUGCGGACAAACAGACAGACGGAGGGAAAGGGCGAAAACUAUGUACCCCUGAAUCUUCGAUUACGGAGGCUCAAGAAAAAGAAUUUUGAAGAGUGAUAUGUUUAAUAGUUCAGUAUAAUCACGAAAAACAAAACGUGUCUUUUAAACAUAAAUGCUUCUAAUUAACCAUGUUCCUUCAUUGCAGAGUAAGAACUUUGUACUCCGGUAAUUAUUUAUGAAGAUUCGGCAUCUUCGGGGGAGAUUCGGGGGCAUUUAGUUUUUCGUCUGUCUUUCUGUUUGUCCGCAAAAAAACUUAAUCAAAAAGGUGCUUUAAUGCAUCCUUUUAUGUGAUUUUCAAACGACAAACAUUUGGGGGAAAAUGUACUUUUCGCCUGUAUAUGUACCGUGUUGUCUUUUGAACUAAAAUUCGAUAACAGUACACAGUGUGAAAGAAAUCUACAUUUAUAUUGAAUUAAUGACCAGAGGCAGGUUGAUUGUUGUCCAGUGAAGCAAAUUAUUUAUUUAAUGAAGGUGGUAAAAUUUGAUUUUACAAGACUGUGUCCUGUAAGUCAGUGAUAUGAAGAACAUACUAUUAGUCUCUCGGAACGACACUCUUGAGGCCCAUAGAAAAAUGUGAACUCCGGAAAACUUUAACUUCGAAAUACAAAUUUUUGUUAGGAAUAAUAGUGAAAUACAUGUACACUAUUAGAUUACAUGCACCCAAUGAGAAAGAAGCAGUCAUCCAAAACAUUCCUUCAGGACAAUAUCCCUUAAUAAUUGUUCCUUGAUAAAGAUUCUAUGAGAAAAAAUCAUACUGUGGAAAAAAGUUCGGUUCACUUUGCCUUUCAAGCAUUCAAUUUGGAUAUUUAUACAAAAAAUGAUUAUAAUCCACGAAGAUUUACUCUUAAAUUUUAUUUUUGGUGUUUCCCUAUUGAAAAACAAGGUACAUUUCUACAGCCUAAAAUCACAGUCCGAAUCGGUUAUGGGCAACUAGAAAAUGAACACUAUGGAAUAUCACACAAAGUGGUCCUCUUGAAUUAAAAGCCGAGAUGAAAAGGUUGUUUCGACUGAAAGUGGCCUUUUUCUUGGUUUUUAUCUUUUGUUCGUCUCUUGUUUUCCUUCUCAUCUGCACAUUUUCUGGUGUUUCUACAAAUCCAAAGCAAGUGUUCUGGACAUUCAUUGCGACGAAUAUAACCUACAACCAUAACGGAAGUCUCACUAUUUUUGGGAGUUCCAGGAACGUAAAGGAUUUUCUGUUUGUGUUGGAAAUGAAAAACAUAACGCAAAUUUCAAAUGAAAUAUUAAAGGAGUUCGAAGAGAGAACAUCCCAAAACGACAACAAGCUGCAAGAAAUGGUGGAAAAGUUUGAUUAUGGGUAUGACCCAACGUUCGUUUCCUAUUCUCCUCUAUACCGUUCAACAGAAUUGGGGGAAUUUGAGGAAAAAGAAAGGCAUAUACAUCCAAACAAUAGGCAUGUUCAGGAGGUAAAUUGUAGGUUGUUAUUCGAAGGAAAUGAAAAAGAAAUUACCAAAGCUAGGAAUUGGAAUCCAAACGAACAACAAAUACUCGGAGAGCGUAUUGUUUCUCAAACGAAGAAUUGUAAUAAAUUCAUAGAAAACAGAGGAUAUAUAAUGCAUUCUUUGUCGGAAGAGGAGAAAAAUUUCCCAAUUGCUUACGGUAUUAUGGUUUACAAAAGUCCAGAACAAUUUGAAAUUUUGUUGAGAGCUAUAUAUCGUCCGCAAAAUGUUUACUGUGUUCACGUAGACAGGAAAACUAGCGAAAGUGUUUUUCAAGACUUUGCAAGUAUAGUAAAUUGUUUUCCCAACGUUUUCCUUUCGUCUCAACGAGUAGUCGUGAGUUGGGGGAAAAUGGGAGUUUUGCUGUCACAAAUAACUUGUAUGAUAGAUUUAUUGAAGCUGGGUAAAUGGAAAUAUUUUAUUAAUCUAACGGGUCAGGAAUUUCCUCUCCGAACCAACUAUGAACUGGUAAAGAUAUUAAAGAUUUACAACGGAUUUAAUGAUAUAGAGGGCGUGAUUGACAGAAAGAAGACAAAUCGUUGGGCAUGGGCAGGAUGGCCCCCACAUCAAAUUCGCCCCGUGAAAGGAUCAGUGCUAAUCACAGCUAGCAGGGAAUUCAUUCAGCAUGUGAUCAGGAGUAGAGUGACCUUAGAUUUUUUAAAGUGGCUAAGACAAACUUCUGUACCGGAUGAGACAUUCUUUUCCUCACUGAACCAUAAUCCUCAGCUGGGAAUACCCGGAAGUUACAAGGGAAAACCACAAAAAGAUCCAGUCUUUAAACCGUUUCUGACCCGAUUCGUCAACUGGUAUGGUAGUGAAUUCCCGUGUGGAGGGGAAUAUGUGACCGAUGUCUGCAUCCUCGGAAUAACCGAUCUUCCUCUCCUGGCGAGGCGGCCUGAGCUGUUUGCCAACAAAUUCUACAUAAACAAUCAACCUCAUACAUUAAGGUGUUUGGAGGAGUUGCAUUUUAAUAGAACUAGGGAUGAAUAUUUUGGGAAACUUCACUUUCAGACUGAUUAUUAUGAAAGUUUAAAAUUUAUCAAAAAUAUUGUAAAAUGACUUUUAAUUUUUUUUUUUCGUCACCUGAAAAUGUU